AAGGGGGCGUUCCCGGUGUGAAGCAGGGCUCGGGUCAUUUCAACUGCGGGCUCAGUGUCGAAGGGAGAGCCGCACUAGGACACAUAGCUGCCGCCCGAUCCGGCCCGGUGGAUACAAUCCAGGAUUUUAUUUAGAAGAUAAUUUUUUUUAAAAAUCAAGUAACUCUGGAGACGCCCGCACCAUCGGCCGAGUGGAUCCGACGUGCGGUGACCGGCUGAGGCAGAUGAGCCUGCUCCGUCUGUCGGUGGUGUCUGUAGGCUCGAGUGUCUUUGUUCGGCUGUGACACCUGUCCCUCACUUCGCGGCAUGGACCACCAGGAGAAGGAGCACAGGUCGGACGACGAGACGGAAUACGAGGAGGAGGAGGUGGACCCCAGAAUCCAGGGUGAGCUGGAGAAACUCAACCAGUCCACUGACGACAUCAACAGAUGCGAGACGGAGCUGGAGGAUGCAAGGCAGAAGUUCCGCUCUGUUCUGGUGGAGGCCACGGUGAAACUUGAUGAUCUGGUGAAGAAGAUCGGCAAAGCUGUUGAGGAGUCCAAGCCUUACUGGGAGGCCCGCAGGUUGGCCAGACAGGCCCAGCUGGAGGCGCAGAAGGCCACGCAGGACUUCCAGAGAGCCACCGAGGUUCUGCGGGCAGCGAAGGAGACCAUCUCCCUGGCCGAGCAGAGGCUCCUGGAGGAGGACAACCGGCAGUUUGACUCGGCGUGGCAGGAGAUGCUGAACCACGCCACCCAGAGGGUGAUGGAGGCGGAGCACACCAAGACGAGAAGCGAGCUGCUGCACAAGGAGACGGCAGCAAAAUAUACAGCGGCGAUCAGUCACAUGAAGCAGCUGGAGAAAAAACUCAAACGCACCAUCAACAAAUCCAAGCCCUACUUUGAGAUGAAGGCGAAGUACUAUCUGCAGCUGGAGAACCUGAAGAAGAACGUGGACGAGCGGCAGGCCAAGUUGUCUCAGGCCAAAGGCGAGUACAAGGGGGCCCUCCGGAACCUGGAGGUGAUCUCCGACGAGAUCCAUGAGCGACGACGGAGCUCCGUGAUGGGACCCAGGGGGAGAGGCGUGGGCUCAGAGGGCGACAGUGUUUCCGGCGACUACAUCGCCAGCUUCAAAAUGGAGUCUGAUGGAAUAUCCAUGGCGUCGGUGUGUUUCGAUGACGAGGCGUGUGGCGGCAGUGGCAGCCUCAUGUCCGAAGAAGACUCAGAGACUCGGUCCACCUGCAGCCUGGGCUCGUCUCCCAGCAGCCCACAGGAUCUCAUGUCGCCCUGCCCCUUUGCCAGCUCCUCCUCCUCCUCUUACACGUCCUCCUCCGACUCUCCAUCACCGACCCCCUCCUCCUCCUCCUCCUCUCCUGGUCCUCCAUUCAGGCCCUGCAGCCUGGAUCUUCCCAGCACCGUGUCGUUGUCCGACUUCAGCCUGAUCUCGCCGGUGCUCGGGCCUCGCAGCGAGUGCAGCGGAGCGUCGUCACCUGAAUGCGACCUGGAGAGAGGUGACCGUGCAGAAGGUGCAGAGGGGGAUCUGGAUAAUGCUCCCACCACCACGAGCAACAACAACAGCAGCAGCAGCAGCAGCAGCAGCAGCAGCAGCUCCGCUCCCACCGCGAAGAGGACCUUCAGCCUGGAGACACGCUUCAGCUUUCUCAAUCUGCGACGCCCUCGCCCCGACAAUGCAAAAAAACUGGACAGCUGUUCCCAAAAGGCCGAACCCGGGCAGGCCGGGGUCCUGGUCAAAGGAGUCUGAUGGACAGGUAGCAACUCGUUGGCUGGAUUCUGACUCUGACCCAACCAUAAACUCUCAUGAGCUGUUAAGACGCAAGCUGCCACAACUGCACUCCAUUUCCAAACCCCGCUCUUAUUGAAAUUGUGUUGGUGAUGGAAGAAAAAUAUAGUUAGAAAUUGUUAUUAAUGUUAUUAAUGUUACCCCCCACCUCCACCCCCUGGCUGCCUGCGCACGAACAAUGACUAGAGGAUCAUCUGGUAUAACUGUUUCUGUUAAAUGGCACUCGGCUUGCGGUAAACCACACAGACGUGAUGUUCGGCUUGGUUCACCGGUCAAAAGAACCUGGAUAUGUUCAUUGAAGAAGUUGGUCUCUUAACCUCCUGCUGUUCACUCCGUAUUUGAUAUGAUCAUGUUGUAUUGUACUCAAGCUGUGUGUGAAUUUGAUCCUUCAGACAUUUACACUGUUACACGUUGGCUACAUGACGUAUAAUUCGGGUAUAUUUGAGCUUCCUAAUUUUUGCACCAUCGUCAUGAUUUCAGCUGCACAUUCAGCAAAGUCACUGAUAUUUGAGCACAAUGUGUCCUUACAAUAAUAAUGAGCGUAUAAUUACACAUAAAUGGCCAAAUGUGAUUAGGUACCAUUAAAUUCAAGUUCCCCAUUCAGCAUUGAUCAGCAGUAAAUACACAUCUCAGCAUUGGCUUUAAUUAAAUCUAAGCAUCUAUACAUGUAUUUGUCAAAGACUUUAACUUCUGUGAAAACUCAUACAUGCAGGCUGCUUAAUAAACAGCUCAUUCAUAAUAAUAUAGUCAAACACAGUUGUAAUAAUAUAUUAAAUGCCUUCAGAAGUUAAAAUUUUUGAGACAGACUGUAUAUUAUUAAAUAUUUAACAGUUCUGCUUAUAAUUAGUCUGCUAUGAACAUUCAUUAAAUUUUAUAUUUUGUUUUUCAGUGCUUAAUACGGGGCAUCAAAGCAAAGUGUUACCUCUUAUAAUUAAGCUGAAAACCUGUGUUUGGCUUCCCUCUCUGCUUUAAAGUGAGGCCAUGUAACUGUUUGUUUGUUGAAACAGUUUCUCUCACAAAUCAAAAGUUACAUUUAUAAUAAAUGCAACACAAAAUGAAAUCAAUAAUUUCUGGUGUUUUGCUGCUACAGCCUUGUUUGGUCAGGUAUGACCAGUAGCAUACGACGGCAGCAAGUUAGCUGGUGUAAGCUGUUGAUGUUAGAAAAUCAAUGUGUAACUUCUGAAAGAAGAUAUAAUGUAACGCAUUCUUUUCUUUUUACAAAUGAAAAGUUAAAUUAAUAAAAAAUUAAACACACUCCGGUCUUUGUGUGUCGACGUUACCGAGUCAGUUGACCGACUAAGAUUCUUCUCUCUGAGUCUCUGUUACAUUAAAUCAUGUCACAGAAAAUUAAAAAAAGAAAAGGUCUCUCACUGAAUUUAUUCGGUUGUCCAGUUCAGCAGAAGGUAACAUAAGCUCCCGCUAAGGUUCAAAUAUGCCAAAUGUUUUCUGGUUGCAGCUUCUCAAGCGAUAAUUUGCUGCUUUUCUCAGUUUCAUAUCAUUGUUCAUAAAUAAACUGUUUGGGUUAAGUUG